AUGGCCCAGGUAUUUGUGAGGGAUGAACAACUGUGCAACCAAUAUGCGCAGUUUGCAUCAGAUUUAGACCGAUGGCAUUUUAAGAUUAUCUACUGGUUUAUGUUCGUGCUGAAUCUCAUGAUUCUAUUCAUUGCAUCCUGGACAUACACAAAAGGUCAAGAAGCUAUCGAACUAUACAGUCAUGAACCUCAGAGGCGUUCAAGAAGCCUAGUCAAGUAUAUGCUAAUGUGUCUUGGUUGCGUAAUCGUGUCGACGGCAAUCGUUAUUAUGGAAGCCUUUGCUCUCCUGGCUCUGCAGUUUUGUGAUGGCGAGAAUCUGAUAUCCCUAUACUGGUCUACGUGGACCAUGACUCAAGUCGGAUCGCUUAUAGCGAUGAUGGGUAUCAUCCUUGCCAUGGCACACUCGUUGAGAAACAGAAGGCAUCCGCCAUGGGCUCUUGCGUUAGGAACACCAGUCCUCGUUACCGCCGGCUUGUUGCACCUCGUUCACGACUGCAUAAUGAAGCGAAUCAACAAGAUCAAGGAAGGCCCUAUAAGGAAGAAUAGCGUUCUUUCUGUGAGCGAAGUGACUCGGCGGUGGUGUUUUAGGAAUACUAUUCAGGGAAACGUUGAAGAUGACUUUGAGAGUUCGCCUUCAGUUCCGGGCGAAUUCAUAGGAUUCACAGUGGAUGGUGGCCCCAUUGUCCGCUUCAGCAGUCCCAUCCCCCUAAAUCUCAACUCCGAUAGUAGACCCGAGGUGCUAGGAUAUUACGAUGGCACUCAACCUGUGAUAGCAUACAAAAGAGGAUCCAUCCAAUUUUUGUCUACGCCAUCAAAAGGCAAAACGCGCGACCAAAAUGAGUCUCAGCCACCACAAGAGGAAAAAUCGGCGGACAAGGCACAGGCAAUUCUACCGGAGACUAUUUAG